AUGCAGGAUCCCUCGAAUUCAACGAUUGAGAAUCCUGGUUCCCAUGUACAGGGAAUGGGAAUUCCGGGCUCAAGUCUGCCGUUUGGAUCCAGUUUUGAUAACCACUGGAGCUCCGCGAGUCGGGAAAAUUCACCAUCCGAUUAUGUUCAAAGACAAAGAUCCAACUCAUUAUCUGCGCGUUUCCGACAAGCCGGUGGUGUGAACAGUAUUGAUAACUUUGCUCGGUCAUGGCAAAGAGCAGCAUGCUUCCCAGAAAUUCUUCCCCGAAGGGCCUCACUUGCAACUGAGUCGGACGAAGAAUGGGGUACGGUAGUAAGCGAAUACGCCGGGUCACAAAGUUCUCGACCUUUCAGACACGGAUCCGAUCCCACGAGGCCCUUGCUGGAUGGUGGUGCAGGUGCCGAAGAAGACGAUGUUUUACAUGGCUCAGAUCAAUCGAAACAGGGCCUUCCAAGCACAGGAAUUCUUGGGUCUUCAACUGAUAGGAGCCUUGGGACUUCGUAUGGUACAAUAUCUUCUCGGGUUACCGAGCGGAGGCAUGCUAUUCAGUCCCACAGGGAGCAACAAGCAGAUCUAGAUGUGCUCGGGGACCACAAUGGUGAGAAUCUACUCAUUAAGCAGGUCCAAAACCAGAACGGCACACGAGAAAGUAUUGUUGUUGGAAAAUCGACCGUGCCCCAGACAAUUUUCAACUCCGUCAAUGUUUUGAUCGGUGUCGGUCUGUUGAGCUUACCACUAGCAAUGAAGCAGGCGGGGUGGCUUCUGGGUCUAUUGUUUCUCUUCUUUGCCGCAGUGACAACCGCUUACACAGCUAAAAUUCUCGCUAGAUGUCUGGAUGUUGACCGAAGUCUUGUUACUUACGCUGAUUUGGCGUAUGUCAGUUUUGGACAUCACGCACGUUUAGUAACCAGUCUUUUAUUCUGCCUCGAACUUAUCGGGGCUUGCGUUGCUCUCGUUGUACUUUUUGCAGACAGUCUUUAUGCUCUGAUUCCGGGUCUGAGCAUUUUGCAAUGGAAAAUCAUAUGCGGUGUUAUGCUCCUUCCACUCAACUUUGCACCUUUACGGCUCUUGAGUGUGACGAGCAUCCUAGGCAUAAUAUGCUGCACAUCGAUUGUUGCUAUAAUGUGCAUUGAUGGGUUGAUUAAACCUGAUGCGCCAGGGUCUCUCCUUCAACCAGCCAAGACAUCCCUGUUUCCCGAGAAUUGGGGCACUCUACCGCUCAGUUUUGGUUUGAUCAUGUCACCCUGGGGUGGCCAUGGAGUCUUUCCCAAUAUAUACCGUGAUAUGAGACAUCCUGAGAAGUAUGGGAGAAGUCUCUGGACAACAUACAUCUUUACGUAUACACUUGACUGUGCAAUGGCUAUUAUAGGCUGGGUUAUGUUUGGAAAAGCUGUUCGCGAUGAAGUCACAGCCAACAUAUUGCUUAUAGAUGAAUACCCACGAGUCAUGUCCAUUUGCAUGAUCAUCUUUAUAUCAGUCAUCCCCAUCACUAAAGUGCCCUUGAACUGCCGGCCUCUGGUGGCCACUGUGGAGGUCCUCUGUGGAGUUGGCCUGCGUCCUGGGGUGAUCGGAAAUCACUCUCAAGGGCUGAAAGGAACAGUUCACCAAUCAUCAAGGGUAAUGAUCCGUGUUCUUGUUGUGGUCGUCAUUGUGUUGAUGGCAAUUGUCUUUCCAUCUUUCGAUAGAAUCAUGGCAUUGAUGGGGUCCGCUUUGUGCAUCACGAUCUGCAUAAUAUUGCCACUGGCAUUCUAUUUAAAGAUUUUUGGGAGCAAAAUCAGUUCGGGUGAACGCAUUCUCGAUUGGAUUAUCCUUGUUUUAUCAUCGAUAAUAGCCAUUGUUGGAACUGCCUGGGCCUUUUUGCCGCAGGACAUGAUUUCUGCGAGGUAGGCUCCUUUUAGUCAGCGUCUAUUUGUUCUUAGCAUAGGCUUAUUUAUCAUUGACAACAAUGGCAAAGUUGUUCCUAGUUUUGCCGGGAUUCAAAAUUUCUUUCUUGAAUGGCCUAGGUUUGUAGUUUUGACUGUGUUCCCAAAGGUGAAAGAUUAAUUUCGAAGUUUCCUUUCGAUUGACCAGGACAAACCCCAUGGUAGACAAAACUUCCUGCAGUCGAUUUUCCGUGAGAUACCGGGAAUUUGUGACGCACGCAACAGGCAACACCAAAAAUAAGCUGGGCGUAAAAGAGAUGGGUGAACAAGGCGGAAGUGUAUUUGUCAGGAAAGUCACACAGCGCUUCAACAUUUCCCCUCGCCCAGUUGCAUUAGGGACGAAGUUCAGCACUAAGGAGAGGCUGAUGAUAUGAAAUCGA